CUUUUAAUCCCCUCUAGCUACGUCCAUUCAAUUGGCUUCAGGUUUUCCUUGAUCUCGUCAGUUAUUGUGUAAAUUCUUUAGCGGAAUGUCGAAGCCCACAUUGUACUACGCUCUUUUUAGCCCUCCAGCCAGGGCUUGCCUCCUUACGGCCAAACUAAUUGGCCUGGACUUGGAUUUAAAGCCUGUGGACUUUUCCAAAAAAGAGCACUUGAGCGAGGAGUUCGUUAAGUUGAAUCCUCAGCACCAGGUUCCUGUUUUUGUGGACACUGAUGGCGAGGUUUAUGUGGACAGCCACGCCAUUGUAUGCUUCAUGGUGGGAAAGUACGCUAAAGACGAUCGUCUUUAUCCCAAGGACUUGAAAACACGAGCCCACAUCGACCAUCGCAUGCACUAUGAGAACGGAGUCCUCUUCCAGGUGGUAAAGGACGUUGUGGCGCGAAAUAUUUACGGAGGAGAAUCGGAGUUCAAUGAGAGAUCCUUAGCCCUUGCCCACAAUGCCUACGCUGAUUUGGAAAACUUCUUGAAAACCGGAAACUUUGUUGUGGGUGACGAGCUCAGUGUAGCCGAUGUUUCCAUACACACGACCUUGGUGACCUUGGCGCUGCAGAUUCCGGUGGAUGGGCAAAAGUAUCCCCGAGUCAGUGCCUGGGUGGAGCGCGUCAACCAACUGCUGCCGGACAACGAAGAGCUUAACCUGAAGGGCGCCCGAGCCCUGGACACCCGCAUCCGGAACUGCAUGGCCGAGAACAAGGCUAAAGGACAAUAAUCUUCCUGAAUUUAUUGGUAGUUUAUUGAUAUCUUUCAAAUAAUAAUUUGUUAUGCUAAUUGGCUUA